AUGGCCGAUCCACAGCCCAUCCACUUGUCCAACCCGAACCAGGGCGGCAGGGGACAGGGCCGCGGACCCCCUCGCGGCGUGCACCCGCCCCCGGGCGGCCGCGGCGGCCGCGGGCCGGGCAUGCCCUACCAGGGCGCGCCGCAGCAGUUCUACCCCAACGUGCCCGUCGGACCGGGCACCAUGGCGCCCCCGCAGUACGUCGCGCCGCCCUACGUGCCGUACCCCGCGCCGGGCGCCCCGCACGUGAGCACUCCCAUGGGGGCCGCCGACGCGCCCGGGCCCGUGCCCGCGCACGCCGAGGCGCCCCCGCAGCGCCCGAAGAAGAAGGCCCUCUGCUUCACGGACGCGUCCGGCGAGAGCGUCGACCUCAAGAAGGACAAGAAGCCCGCGCAGGUGGCGCAGCCGCCCGCGGAGCCCGCGCCCGCGCCCAAGCACGUGCCCGCGCAGCAGGCGCCGCCCGCGGCGGCCGUGACCGCGCUGCCCGCGCCGAGGCGUUGCGCACGGCCGCGCAGGCUGCCGCGGCGCCCGCGGAGCGCUCCUCGGAGGCGCGGUCGCGCCGCCUCACGCGCCCGACGGGCCGAAGGCGGCCCCGCGGCGCCGGCCGCACGCGCCCGUGGCUGCGGCGCCCGUGGCCGCGGCGCCCGCGGGGCCGGCGCCGGUGGCGGUGCGGGCGUGGGCCGGGCGGCGUGCCUGAGUCGGUGCGCGCUGCGCCGCCGCCCGCCGCCCGCGCGCCGCCCGCCGGCGCGCACCCGCGUCCCGAUGGACGCCGCCGCCGCCGCCGCGCAGGCGUCCCCGCCGCCCGCGGAGCGUCCGGGGCGACGCCGAGCCGGGCGGGGCCGUGGCGCCGCCGCGGCGGCCGUGGCGAGCCCCGUGCGGGCGGCGGCCGUGGCCGCGGCCGCGGCGCCGCGCCGCAGGAGCCCGAGCAGCAGCAGGCCACGUCGCGCCCGUCCUCGACCAGCUCGAGCGUGCAGGGCAGCGGCGCUGCCGCCGCUGCCGCAGGCGCUGGCGGGCUGA